AAGCGGGCGCAUGCGGAAGUGUGUCCCUGGCGUCCUGCCGUCGGGCCGCGCGAUUUGAGGCAUGGCUUUCCGGCAGGCACUUCAGCUGGCGGCCUGCGGUCUGGCGGGUGGCUCCGCCGCUGUUCUCUUCUCCGCUGUAGCAGUGGGCAAGCCGCGCGGCGGUGGGGAUGCAGACGCGCGCGCGUCCGAGCCGCCGAUCUGGACAGGAGUCUCGCGUCCUGGGCCCAGCGUCUGGGACUCCAACUGGGACAGGCGAGAGCCACUGUCUCUCAUUAACCUGAAGAAGAGGAACGUGGAAUCUGGAGAAGAAGAACUGGCAUCCAGGCUGGACCACUAUAAGGCAAAGGCUACAAGGCACAUAUUCCUCAUCCGGCAUUCCCAGUACAAUGUGGAUGGCUCCCUUGAAAAGGAUCGCACUCUCACCCCAUUAGGUCGGGAACAGGCUGAACUUACAGGGCUCCGACUCGCAAGCCUGGGAUUAAAGUUCAAUAAAAUUGUCCAUUCCUCCAUGACCCGUGCUGUAGAGACCACAGACAUCAUCAGUAAACACCUGCCAGGUGUCUCCAAAGUCAGCACAGACCUGCUACGGGAAGGUGCCCCUAUUGAACCAGAUCCACCUGUAUCUCACUGGAAGCCAGAAGCUGUGCAGUAUUAUGAAGAUGGAGCCCGGAUUGAGGCUGCCUUCAGGAACUACAUUCACCGAGCUGAUGCCAAGCAGGAAGAGGACAGCUAUGAGAUCUUCAUAUGCCAUGCCAAUGUCAUCCGCUAUAUUGUCUGCAGAGCACUGCAGUUUCCCCCGGAAGGUUGGCUCCGCCUGUCCCUCAACAACGGCAGCAUCACCCACCUGGUGAUCCGACCCAACGGUCGUGUUGCACUCAGGACCCUUGGGGACACAGGGUUCAUGCCCCCAGACAAGAUUACCCGGUCCUGAGGCUGCGUGUAGGACUGCACCCUCUCCUCUGCUGGUGGCCUGGCUGCAGCCUUCCCUUCCUUGUCUUCCCUGUCCAGACUGUGCUGUGGCUUCAUGUUGUCUCCAGGAAGAGGAUAUCUCAGUGUCACAUUUGGGUGCUUAUUUCUGGCCCAGGCUGCAGAAGGCAACUUAUGGGUUAGAUGGCCUUUUUGAAAGCUUCCUACCUUACCAUUACCACUAGCACAGCUCUACCAGGUGUAGACAGGAACCUUCUGGGGUAGAAGGCAGACAUAUCAUGAGGACUGAACUGGCCUACCUGUGCUGUAUCAGGUGAUUACAGCAGAUCAACUGAACAACCCAUAAGCUCUGGCAGAAAACCUGUCAGGAGUAUGGUGGUUGUUUACAAGUCAUUGUUUUCAUAUACUACAAUCUAGGAACUUUUGUUGCUUAAACAUUUAUCAAAUAUUUUCCUCACAUGGGUUCUUGCUUUGAAAACCCACUUGUCAGCUCAGUUAGAUCCUGUGUAAAUUGCAUCUAAAUGAAUUGAAGGGCAAAGGAAUUGGCUUCCUAUAAGGUAGAUACGAGCCAUGAAAGAAGUGGUGUUGCAAAAAGGCUGUGGUGUGUAUAUGGCAAGUACAUGAUAGCCCUGUAAGAGGUCCUUUGGAGGCAAUGAAGUAGCCCAGACUGACCAGAUGAGGUGGCAUAUGCUUGUAAUUCUAGCACUUAGGAGGCCAAGGUAGGAUCAUGAGUUUCUUGCUGGCCUGAAUUCUGUAGAAAGACCAAGUCUUAAAAACAAGAAUAUCCCAGAGUGACUUAGUUUGCUACUGGUUACUGUUAACCUUUGGGCUUGUAGGUUAGGCUAUUUAGAAAUGAUGUGUUGGUUUGUGUGUAUGUGGUUUUUGCUUUUUGAGACAGGAUCUUACUGUUGCCUGGCCUCAAACUUAAGGCCCUUCUCAGUCUUCUGAAUGUUGGGAUUGUAGAUAUACACUAUCAUACCUGGCCCCAAAAAUCCCAAUACAGUUUCUAUGAAGUGGUUGUGAGCAUUUUCUGUAAUUAAUACAUUGAAUUGGAAUAUUUGACCCAUCUCUGUCCUAUUUGGAAACAAGUAUGUAAUAAAAUUUUACUUCUUUGUUGUUUGUUUGUUUUAAAGAAAAAAAGUGGUAUAAUUAGAAGCCCUUUCUCAGUGUCUUCUAUCCCAGGCAUCCUGCUUGGAGGACUACCUCCCACAGAAGGUGCAAUGCUUCCUUUUCAACACUAGGCCUGAGAGGUGUUACUUGGAGGUAACCUUGGUUACCCACAUUCCACUUUCUUCUAGUAGUUGAAGGAGGCAUGCCAGGCUGUUAACUUCAAAACACAAAGCUCAAGGCUCCUCACUUGACCUGAUGGGAAUGUAAAAGCAUUUCACAGGGAGUCAGUGUACUAAGAGUAUACCCCACAUGGUAUAGCCUCCAUAAUCUUUAAGGACUGGCAGUAUUUUAGGAACAAGUCUUAGCUUUGAGGUGAGGCCAGCUCCUUGUAUAUGAAAUGAGUUCUAUAUCUCGGCAGCUGACAGUCAUCUGCAAGACAUUGUGAUCACUUAUAACAAACAGCAAUGAUCCUGUAAGCUGAGAGCCCAACUCCUAGUCAGCUGCCCUAUCCCUUCAGAUCCCAAUGUUCCUUAUCACCGGUCCAAAAAAAAAAAAAAAAAAAAAAAAAAAAAAUCACACUGUGAAGUGAUAGCUGAGAAUGAUGGAAAACAAACUGAACAGCAAGGACAAGAAGCUGGAGCAAGGCCUGCAGAAGUUUGUUGGUUGGUCAUGAUACCAGUGAUCCAAUAGAUUUCAAAUACUCUCCAGUCAGGCCUUGCUUGCUGGGCUGUUGAUACACACAAUGCUAUGUCAAAAUCUAAUUUUCUGACUUUAAAAUUAUACUGUUAUUUCUCAUUUGUCUUAUAGGAAAACAUUGGAAUGAAGUAUAGCACAACCCCCAAAAUGACCAUACUAAUUGUUAGAUUUGAAACCAACCAUGCGAAAUUGGUUUUCUAUAUUUUGUGAAGUUAUGACCAGAAUGCAGCAUUUGGCUCAGUUUAAGAGCUAAGUACGUUCCAGGAAUAACCUGUUUUCUUAAAAAUGAAACUCUUCAGAAGUUCUAGAUUCUUUAUGGCCUAUGCUGUGAAUAUUGGGCAGGAGUGAGUGCCCACUAACCCUGUAUUAGGGAGGGAUGGGGCCAGGGUGGCUUAGAGGCCCAAUGACGUUGUGAUAGAAAAUGUUUUUGUGGUGCUGGAUACUGAAACCAUAUUCCUUGGUUUGGGACAGAUAUUCAAGACUUCUGAAACACUGACCAAGUGGUGGGAACGGUGUUCCACUGAUUCUUCUUGACUGUUGUGUUUAACUUCAUCCCCAUGUUUUCCUAGGAGACAAAUGAGAAAUACUAAUAUAAUUUUAAAGUCGGAAAACGACAUAACAAGUGUGUGUGACAACAGCCCAGCAAGCAAGGCCCAACUCAGGAAGACAAAGUACUAACCAUUUCCUCUGAAAGCAGUAAAGAUCCAACUAUUCAAUAGCAUCUGGUACUAAUUUUCAACACUGUACUCUGCUCUUCUCUAGAAACGAACAAUGGGGUCUUCUGUUGUCUCUAUUACAAAGUUCAAUAAAGUUCUUCCAGACCAUGGCA